AUGACCUCUUCAGUUCAAAAGAAAAGUGCCAUCUGGCUACACUUUACCUCUGUAAACGAGGAAAAAGCCAAAUGUAAUAUUUGCAGCAAUAUUUACUCCCACAAAAGUGGAAUAACAAGCAACUUAAGGAAGCAUAUGAAAACUAAACAACCUUUAGUAAUUGUUGAAGACAUACAUUUUCAACCGGAUGUAACAGAGACACGGAAAAGAGUAAAUAUAAUGAAAGAAUCUGAGAUAGAUCCCCAACCUGUUCCUUCAACAUCAAGGGAAGAACCUGGUGCACCAUUACAAUUAUGGAAAAAACCAUGA